AUGAGUGGAUCAAAUCCUUCCACUAAUGACGGUAACGGGUCAGGAAAUGAUCCAGCUGCCAAUAAUAAUGACACUAAUCAAAAUAAUAGUACUACUAGUAAUAAUGGUACUACACCAGCAACACCACAUUCAAAUAAUAUAACUUUAUCUAUACAAUACACAUAUCUGCCAAUCGAUGGUAUAAAUGGUCAACCUAUUCCAACAACUGGUACAAACAGCGAUAGGCCGUCAGGUACUAAUGGUGCAUCAACUACUACCGGAAGUAAUGUUAGUCAUGGGGUAGGGACUGCCAAUACGGCCACAACUACGAGAACAACAUUACCGGGACAGACUCCUAAUAUAGGUGGUGUUCCGGGUGGUCCAUUACCUGGGGCCCAACCUGGUAUGUUACCAACGCCUGCCGGUGCGUUUGUUUUAUCAUUUAGAGAUAUCCCAAGCACAACACCUCAAAGUCGACUGGAAUCUAUUGUUGCCAUUACCGCAGAGUUAGCAAUGAGAAGAUUUCAAGAGUUACAUUCAAGACCUAAGGGAAUUCCAAAGGAAGAAUUUGAAAAAUUACCAAUUUUAACCAUCGAUGAAGUUAAAAAAUUAAAUAAUGGUAAAGAUAUGGAAUGUAGUAUUUGUUAUGAUCCAUUUGUUGAAGAACCUAAAGAAGAUAAAACAGAAACAGAAAAUAAAAAUAAAGGAAAACGUAGCAGAUCUAGUUCUAAUGCAGAGGAGAAUCAUGGAGAGGAAAGCGCACAAAUUAAUAGAAUCAAGAGACAAAGAAUAAAUGCUGAUUCUAAUUUUGCUCCGACACCAGCAUCUUCUACUCCUACAAGUGCUGGAAACCAGACAUCUACUAACACAUCUGCCUCCCAAGAAGGAAAUCAAGUACAGACAGAAGAAGAUGAACCAACAUAUCUUCAUUCUCCUGUAAAAUUGCCAUGUAAUCAUAUUUUUGGUAGAGAAUGUAUAUAUAAAUGGUCGAGAAAUGAAAAUUCUUGCCCAUUAUGCAGACAUAAGAUCGCUGAAUUAACUCCUGAUCAAAUGCAAAACCAAGCUAAUACAAAUAAUGCUACUAUGCAAGAAUUUGAAAGAAUUAGAAACUUAUUAUACAACCCACCAGAAGCAACCGAGACUGGUGAUAACCAAAAUGCAGCUGAUGAUAAUACAACGACUCCAGCUACGGCCUCUGCAGAAUUUAACUUUCCACUUAAUGGUCCUAAUAUUAUCUUUUUAUCACCUGAUGACUGGAAUAACGUAUCUAACAGAGCUGCUAGAACUGAAAAUGUUGCUGGUGCAACACCUAAUGCAACUGCAAUUCCAACUACUGCUUCCACCUCCACAGCUACAGGCACUACCAGUACCAUUCAAACAGGGACCACAAAUCCAUUAAGUAACGUUCAACCAGGUUCCAACAAUACAACCACCAGCACUGGAGCUAAUGCUUCCCGUACAGGUUUACGCUGGAUUCCAAUAUCUAUGAGAAAUUUGAACCCUCUGACCAAUGACGAAAGGACCAGAAGUAACCCAGGACCAAAUGGUGUUGCAAGCACCUCAACAACUAAUAACCAAGAAGCUCCAACUAGUGAAGAAGCAAGAUAUAGUGGAUUGAGAAGACUUUUCCAUACUAUGUUUAAUUCUGCAGAGAGAGCAGAAGCCAACAAUGCAACUGCAGCUACACCUAGCAACACAACUACUCUUCCUGAAAGAAAUUUACCUCCAGAGCUUGCUGGUCAUAUCCGUAAUAUACACAAUGCCCUUACAGGUAAUACACAAACUCCUGCUAAUUUAUUUGGCACUGGUGUGGCUAGUUAUAGAGGCCAAAACGGUGUCGUUUCUACGUUUGAACUUGGGAGCCAUCACACGCCCAAUACCCCAGUAAGUAAUAACUCAGUUACUAAUGCAUCAACUUCAUCUAAUUCAUCAUCGAACCCAGACACUAAUAAUGACGAGACCGAACAAUCUCAACCACAAAACCAAGAUAAUGAGACUAACGAAUCAUCACAGAGUAACGACAAUAAUGGUAACCAUUAA